UAUUUAUCUAUUAGACACCUGAAUGCCAAAUUUUUAGGUCCCAUACCUUCCAGAGGUGUUAAUAUUGGCCAUUACUUGAAACUACCCCUAAAAAUCUCUGAAAUCCUUAAUAUGGGAAAAUUUAAUGACAUGACUCCUGUUAGGAUUAUCCUUAGAACUUGAAAUAACACAACUUUGUUUCAUUAAGAAGAAUCAUUUUGCUUAUUUAUUGCUGCCAUUUUGUUCCUUUUAUGACGUAAUAUAAGUGGGCCAAGUUUAAUUCAAUUUGAACAACCCUAUGAAAAGUUAUUGAGUUAUCGGUCAUGGUAUGUUCGAAAUACCCCAGACCAAAUAGAGUAAAGCAGGGUGAAUUCCUCUGUAUGCAAUAAUGAUUGAAACAUAUUUGUAAAUUAAGGCUUUACAUAAAUUUUUAUGAGUUUUAACCUUCUGCACUUCUUGAUUGUUUUUACAAAUGUUUUUUAAAUUUUUUGGAAGUCAAUGUAACAUGCUAUAAGAUUUACAUGCUGCAUUAAAGAAUACGAGUGUAUUUAUUAUUAUCUUUUAUUUACAUGUAAUCUCUUAAACUUUUUUAUUUAUAGGUACUAUGCUGAAUAGGAAUACACUUCUUUUGCUGCUAUUCCAAGCAGUGAAUGUUAUGAGCCAUACAAAACCAAACAUUGAUUUGAUUCCUAAAUCCAGACCAAAUAUUGUGAUAUUUAUAGCUGAUGAUUUAGGUAUUGGAGACGUUGGUUGCUAUGGAAAUGAUACUUUACACACACCUAAUAUAGACAGUAUGUGCAAAAGAGGUUUAAAGUUAAAUCACAAUUUAGCUGCUGAGUCUGUUUGCACACCAAGUCGUGCGGCUCUCCUGACUGGUCGCUAUGCAGUUAGGUAUGGACUGACCGCAUCUAGUCUUUCUGAACAAAGAGUCAUAACUUCUGCUUCAAGUUCUUCUGGAAUACCUUCAAACAUAACAGGCUUUGCAGAAUUACUGAAAACAAAUAAUUAUACAAAUGGUUAUUUCGGUAAAUGGCAUUUAGGGUUACAUUCUGAUGAUAAAGAUUUUAGUUAUUCUCCACUGAAUCGUGGAUUUGAUUACUAUUUUGGAAUGCCGCUAACAAAUUUGUUGGACUGUGAUUUUGGUGUUGGUAGUGAAUUAUUGCCUACACCAAUUCUAAAAUUUCCCAAAACUAAGUUUUUCUUGCCUUUCGUGUUAGCAGCUGUUGUUAUCACUUUCUCUUUCUUGUUUCCAAUGAGGAAGUUACUUUUGUUAAUGUUGUGGUUAUACAUAGUUCUGUGGUUAUUGCACAUUUUAAAUAUGUUAUUAUCUCGACAACUAAACUGUAUUUUAUUGAAAAACAAUGAGUUGGUUGAACAACCUGUCAGAGUUGAAACCCUUACCAACAAGUUGACAAUAGAGGUGGAAAAUUUUAUUGAGAAGCACCAAAAUCACCUAUUUAUGGCUGUUGUGUCCUAUCAUAAGGUUCAUGCUGCAUUGGCAACUAGCAAGGAGUUUGUUGGUCAAAGUAAACAUGGAAAAUAUGGAGACAAUGUUGAAGAGAUGGAUGCAUCAGUUGGUAGAAUUCUUAAUACUUUACAGAGAUUUAACCUAACUGAAAGUACUUUUGUUUACUUUACAUCUGAUCAUGGACCAGCAUUGUAUAUGUAUGUUGAUGGUGAACUACAUGGCGGUUCUAAAGGUAUUUUUAAGGGUGGCAAAGGUUCAAGUUGGGAAGGAGGUAUCAGAGUCCCUACUGUAGUCAUGAUGCCAGGAAAAAUUCCUGCAGGAAUUAUUUAUGAUAAACCAACAAGUGCUUUGGAUUUAUUUCCCACAUUACUUUCAUUAACAGGUGUGUCCAUGCCAUCAAAUGACAUUUUUGAUGGAGAGGAUAUAAGUGUAAUUCUUAAAGGCGGCAACCUUAAUAAGAAUAGAUGUUUUUUUCAUUAUUGUGGAACACGCCUGCAAGCUGUUACCUGUGCUCCAAAAUACACAAAGCAUAUCUGGAAACUUCAUUAUGAAAUUCCAAUAUUGGAUAACAGGACUGAGGUUUGUGGUUUGGAUAUUUGUCCUUGUUUUGGUGAUGGGGUGGAGAUUUUAAAAACUCCCUUGUUGUUCGAAUUGCAGUCAGAUCCAGGUGAAAACAAUUCACUGGUUUCAAGCAGCUUGCGCUAUAAGGAAGUACUCUCCUUUAUUGCUGGUAUGGUGGAAGGUCAUAAAAGUACCCUUACUCCUAUUGAAAGUCAGUUAUCCACUGUAAAGAACAGUUUUUCUCUAAAACGACAAAUGUGUUGCAACUAUCCAUUUUGCAGCUGUUAAGUUUUGAAAGUAUAUGACAUACAUACAGAGAUAAUACAUUCAGAAAUAAUUUAGGUGCCCUGCAUUAUUUACAAAUGAGCUUGCUCUUGUAAUGAAACAAUAAAAAUUAUGAAGGUCAUCGGGUACAUUUAGCUUAUCUAAGCUUAUCACGAUUAUAUAUUUCCAGAAAACAUUUUUUUUACUAACCCGAAGAUGUUGUAUAAAGCUCCGUAAUUUAAAUAAAUAUAUUUUGGAUGUUUUUUUAAUUUGGUAACAUGUAUAAUGGAAUAUAAUUAGUUAGCAUUUUAAUGUCAACAUUUCUCCAAAUUAUUUUGUGUUUUUGUGGUAUAGUUAUAUAUGUAUUCUAUUUCCAUGUGAAAAAGCAUUCUGACAUUUAUUCA